AUGCGCGCCGCCGCCCGCUGCCUCGCGCUCGCGCUCGCGGCCGCGCGGGACGUCGCAGUGCCGGGUCCGGCUUUCACGGACUGCGUGGGGCGCGGCGCCGAACCCGCCGAGGGCCAGGCAACGGUCUUCUGGUCCGAGGCCGACCACUUCGUUGACGGCGCCGAGCGGCAGCACGCGGCCGCGGCGCUGCUGCUGCGGCACGGCGCGCACGAUGCCAACGGGACGGUCGUGGACGUCGGCGCCGGCCGCGGUGGCCUGCGGCGCUUCCUCCCCCCGGCGACGGCGUACGUUGCGGCGGACGUCACGGGCUACGGCAUCGGCGCCGUGCUGUGCGACGUGAACCGCCUCGAAUUCCCCUUCCUGCUCGCGCCGGGCGAGGCCCGCGACGGCGUCGCCGCCUUCGCGUUCCUGGGUUCCUUCGAGUACGUGCUGGACAAGCAGACGGUGCUGCGGCUUUGCAGGAUGCACCGCGGCGCGCACGCCGUCUUCGCGUAUCACUCGCCGACGGCGCGCUUCGAGUGGGUGGCGCCGCUGUCGUUCCGCGCGUUCGCCGAGGCGGCCAGGAUUGCCGGCUUCGACGCGAGCUUCUUUGCCGAGCCCGAGGCCGCGCCAGUCGACUGGCUCGGCGCGGAGAAGCACGACCGCGCUGGUGGCACCGGCUUUGCCUACGCGUACCUGACGCCCGCGGGCGCGCCCGCGCGCCUCAGGAGCGUCUCCGUGGAGGCCCUCGCGGGCCCCCGGGAGGCCGAGGACCCGGCGGCCGUGCACCUGCGCGCGGGUCGCCAGCCCUGCGUCUACGAGCUCGACCCGGAGGGCGAGGAGGUCGUGCGCACAGACGUGACGCGCGAGGCCUGCCUCUGGGCCUCGGGCAUCGACGUCGUGGACUCCCGCCUCCGCGCCGUGCACUGGCGCGCGGGCUGCCGGGCGGCGGCGAACCCUACCUCGCUCGCACCGCAUCGAUUUCGAAAACUCCGCGUCGAGAAUCGGUGA